ACCUCGGCUGCUGAAGGGCAUGGAGCAUGGGCCUCUCAGCCAGCUCACGCCUGGGAGUUAUCCUGCGUCACUCCAGCUACUGGUACGUGCUGAAGGUGAACAGCUGACCCUGGUGCUGGAGAAAAAUGAGGGACUUUUUGCAAGCCAUUACACUGAGACACAUUACCAGGAGGAUGGGAGUGCAGUCACCGGUGCUCACAACUUUACGAAUAACUGCUACUACCAUGGGGAAGUGCAGGCACAUCCAAACUCUGAUGUCACCCUCAGCGCCUGCUCAGGCCUUCGAGGCUUCAUCGCACUUGAAAACAAGACAUUCAUCAUCGAGCCUGUGUCUGGCCAUGACACUGGGGCUCACUUCAUCUACCGAGUGGAAGAACUCAGAAUGACCCCUGGAGCCUGUGGCCAUGGUUUCAACAUGUCCUCUGUUGCCCCUGAAAACCACAUAAAGAGCCCCUUCCAAUCCUUCCACAGUAGGCAUAAAAGGCACACACAGCAGACAACCAAAUACGUCGAGUUGAUCAUUGUUGCAGACAACAGAGAGUUUCAGAAACAGGGGAAGGACGUGGAGAAGGUGAAACAGAGACUGGCAGAGAUAGCCAAUUACGUAGACAAGUUCUACAGGGCCCUGAAUAUCCGGGUGGCGUUGGUGGGUCUGGAGGUGUGGAGUGACUCAGAUAAAUGUCCCAUCACUCAGGAUCCCUUCACCACCCUGCAUGAGUUCCUUGACUGGAGGAAGGUCAAACUGCUGCCCCAGAAACCUCACGACAAUGCUCAGCUCAUAAGUGGGGUUUACUUCCAGGGAACAACCAUUGGCAUGGCGCCCAUUAUGAGCAUGUGUACAGUUGAGCAGUCGGGAGGCAUUGUCAUGGAUCAUUCUGAGAACCCACUGGGUGCAGCAGUGACUUUGGCCCAUGAGCUGGGACACAAUUUUGGCAUGAACCACGACACUCCAGAGCGUGGUUGUGGCUGCAGGAUGACCGUUGAUCGUGGAGGCUGCAUCAUGACCCCCUCCACAGGGUAUCCAUUCCCAACGGUGUUCAGUACAUGCAGUAAAAAGGACCUUGCAGCUAGUCUGGAGAAAGGCGUGGGCAUGUGUCUCUACAACAUGCCAGAGGUCAAGGUGCUGUACGGUGGCCAGAAGUGUGGGAAUGGCUACGUGGAGGAGGGAGAGGAAUGUGACUGCGGGGAGCCAGAGGAAUGUAUGAAUCCAUGCUGUAACGCCACCACAUGCACGCUCAAGGGAGACGCUGUGUGCGCCCACGGACAGUGCUGUGAAGACUGCAGGCUCAAACCAGCUGGCACCCUUUGUCGAGAGUCCAGUAACUCCUGCGACCUGCCGGAGUUCUGUACUGGUGCCAACCCACACUGCCCGGCCAACGUUUAUCUGCAUGAUGGACACGCCUGCCACAACGUGGACGGCUACUGCUACAACGGCAUCUGUCAGACUCAUGAGCAGCAAUGCAUCACCCUGUGGGGGACAGGAGCCAAGCCUGCCCCUGGGAUCUGCUUUCAGCGAGUCAACUCUGCAGGGGAUCCGUACGGGAAUUGUGGGAAGGAUUCCAAAGGCUCCUUUGCCAAAUGUGAUUCGAGGGAUGCAAAGUGUGGUAAAAUUCAAUGCCAGGGAGGAGCCAACCGGCCAGUGAUUGGAACAAAUGCUGUUUCCAUUGAGACCAACAUCCCACUUCAAGAAGGAGGGCGUAUUCUGUGUCGGGGAACACAUGUUUACCUGGGUGAUGACAUGCCUGACCCUGGACUGGUUCUGGCUGGUACAAAGUGUGGAGACGGCAUGGUUUGCCUGAAUCGACAGUGCCAGAACGUCAGUGUGUUUGGUGUGCAUGAGUGCUCUGGAAAGUGCAAUGGACGUGGGGUGUGCAACAACAAGAAGAACUGCCACUGUGAAGCACACUGGGCGCCUCCAUUCUGUGAGAAAGCAGGCUUUGGAGGAAGUAUUGACAGCGGGCCAAUGAGACUGGCAGCCGACAGUGUGGUCAUUACUGUGGCAAUCCUGGUUAUCCUGGUCAGCCUUCUGGUAGCCACUGUAAUCAUCUUUCUGAAGAGGAAGACUCUGCUGCGCCUCCUCUUCACCAAUAAGAAGAGCACCCUGGAGAAACUCAGAUCUGUGGAGGCCAGCAGGCCAAUCAGCCCCAUCAGGACUCAGUCCAUGUACAGACCCACGCCACAGCGCAAGCCUCCACCCAAACCCUCUGGAGCCAACAUUUAUAAGCCGUCUCUCCUGAGCGCGGAGCCUCUUCUCCCCCCCCACAACUUCCACUCUCACAGCCUGCGCAGACUGCCCCUCUACCAGCCCCUGCACAUCAGCCAGCCCAUGCCGGUGUCCCUGAGAGUUGGCCAGCCCACCCUGCCCCCUCUUCCAGUCCAUCAAAGGCUCCUGCCUGCCCACACCUCCCUCUCACCACCAAGAGUGCCACCUUUUCUCAGUCUGCCACGCCAGCAGUCGUCGUACAGGAUAGACCAGGAUUUUGAGAAGCCCAGUCCACCACAGAAACCUCUUCCUGCCGACCCACUAGGGAGGAGCUCUCGACUGGGUUACAGUGCAACACUAUCAGGGAUCCACAUCCCUGGAAAUGGACCCCUGCCCAUACCUAUCCCCACUCCACCCACCAUCCCUUUACCCAGCAGACCUGCGCCGGUGUUGCCCUACAGACCACCAAAGACUCAUAAGGAUUGCUGAGCUCUCAUCGUCAUGGACGAGUAGAUCUGCUACCAAC